CACCUGCAUAUCUGAACACCAACACCAUCACCACACCCUACUCUUGUACAGUACAGUACUUCACGCUCUUCAUAAUCACAACACCACAACAUCAUCACAAUGGUACGUCCAACACUCCUCAUUCCCCUCCGAUCACCCACAACCCAUCCCACUCCCAGUCCCAAUUCAACCACCCAGCUAUCCAGCCAGCUAUCCAGCCAGCUAUCCAGCCAGCUAUCCAGCCAGCUACCAUCACCCCAACCUAUCCUACCCCCCACCCCCUCUUCCCAAGAAGAAUAACACCCCCUCAACCCGAAUCCACUAACAGAAUCAUGAUGGCAAAGUCAACAACAGCCCUGACCCUCGCCCUCCUCACCUCCGCCGGCGGCACGAUCGGCUACCUGCGCACGGGCUCGGUGCCCUCGAUCGCGGCGGGCCUGACCGUCGGGUUUUUGUAUUUGGUGAGCGGGCUGCGCCUGCGCGCGGCGCAGCCGUACGGCGCGGAGCUGGCGCUGCUGGCCUCGGUGAUCUUGUCCGGGAGCUCGAUCCCGCGCGCCGUCCGCACCGGCGGGAAGCCCGUGCCCACGGUGUUGAGCCUCGUGGCGAUUUAUGGGUUAUGGGUGUUCGGGGGGUUGGUUUUUGGCGG